AUGAUUCUUGUUGAUGAGGAUGAUGAUGAGGACGUGGAAAUAUUCCAAGGUAAUAAAGUGGAUAAGGAAGUAGAUGGUGUUGAUGAAGAUGAUGAGCAUGGAGACAUGGCAGAUCAUAACUUUUCUGAAGAUGAAAACAAUGAUCAAGAACAAUUGCAUGGCCCUGAAAAAGAUAAAGCAACAGGUAAUGUGUACAUGGAAGCUAGACUAGCGAGGAUUCAGGAGAACCAAAAAAGACUACGAGAAUUAGGAGUUAAAAACGUUGUGGACUCUAUGACAAGUUUGGUAGACAGUAACAAAAUGAAGAAAAAACCAGUGAAACGGAACACUCGUGCGGGGGAUGUAGAUUAUAUUCCAGAUCCAGGUGAAGAUUCAGGUGAUGAUUGUGAGGAAGAUAACCAACAAGUUGGUAGAAGUAUUGUAGUACCCAAAAAGAAAUGA